ACACCGGCAUGCGAAUUGUUUUAUUUUGGUUUGUUCAGAAAACAGAUGCUUUCCUUUGCGAACGUGCUGAGAAGCUGUGAUUUGUUGUAUUUUAUAGCAUUUGUUAAUGAAACAUGGAAGUAAAAGUGAAUAAGAAAGUGAAAUCCACAACAGAAGAUGAACUGCAAUUGCUGUCGAAAGAGGAAUUAAUAGCCAAAAUCACACAGUUGGAAGCGCACAAUGCACAGCUGAAAAGUAUUGUACAGAAAAGCCUUAAAUCGCGUGAGGAAACUACACAAGCCAAAGGGACGAAGAAACACCGACCGUUCGAUUUUAGCAAGUGCUUCAAACGACACAUUUUGUUGCGGUUUUACUACCUCGGAUGGGACUAUCAAGGUUUUGCUGCGCAGGAAGAUUCGAUUGAAACGAUAGAGCACCAUCUGUUCAGUGCCCUGAAGAAAGUUUGUCUAAUCGAAAGCCGUGAAACGUCCAACUACAAUCGCUGCGGUCGCACGGACAAGGGCGUGAGUGCAUUUCAUCAGGUGAUAAGCUUGAACGUUCGUUCGAAGUUUCGACCGGAAGAGCAGCUCGCGGAAGGCAAACUAACCGCCGAGCUUGAUUACUGUUCCAUGCUAAACCGGGUGCUGCCGGAAGAUAUUCGUUGCCUUGCCUGGAUGCCGAUGGUAAACCCUGCGUACAGUGCCCGGUUCGAUUGUCGCUCCCGGACGUACCGAUAUUUCUUCCCGCGAGGAGACUUGAACAUAUCGGCGAUGGAGGAAGGGAUGCGUCAUCUGGUUGGGACACACGAUUUUAGGAACCUUUGCAAAAUGGACGUUGGAAAUGGAGUUGUUAACUUUGUGCGAAGCAUCGACGAGAUUCGCAUAAAACCGUCCCAGAGUGAUAGUUAUAGCGAGGGAAGUUACGAUAUGAUGUACGUGGAGCUAAGGGGGAAAGCUUUCCUAUGGCAUCAGGUACGAUGCAUUGUGGCGGUGUUGCUGCUGGUUGGUCAGGGAAAGGAAGAACCGACGGUGGUGAAGGAAUUGCUCGAUGUGGAGAAGAAUCCUUGCAAACCGCAGUACAGUAUGGCAAGCGAUGUGCCGCUGAAUUUGUACGAAUGUGCGUUCAACGAGAAAAGCAACGAAUGUACUGAUCGGGAACAGGAGGGAUCGGAUUUGAGAGAUUGGAUCUACAACGAGGAUAAUUUGCGCCGCACGAUAUCAGAAUUGCAGGCAUUGUGGAUGAAGCAUAGUGUGAAGACCACAAUGAUUCGUGAGAUGCUGAAGACGUUAGAGGAUAUUUACGCCGGCGAUCGUCCUAUCUGCGAUCAAGCAGUACACCUGACGCAAGGUGUAAGGAGCAAAGAGUAUUGUCCUUUGCUUCAACGCCAGCGAUGUGAGAGUCUCGAGAACCGCAUCCAGCACUAUGCCAAGAAGCGACGCAUCGAGGUUAGCAUUAAAUCAAACGACAGCAACGCCGACGGAAGCGACGAACCGGGGCAGCACGUCCCAGCCGACGGCAUAAAUAACGAGCGUUAUGUAGAUCACGGCGUGACGCGAAUAGAAAAUUAGCACCAGCAUGGUGUUUUGUUAUGAA